AUGGUUUCCUUCAAUCCCUUCGCUAGACGCGAGACCCACAGCGCCAGCUCGCUGAAUACCUACCGCGUCCUUGUACCCCUCACCUGGGCCUUGGUCGUGGUAGUCGGCAUUUACUACUCUGUCCACUCGCCGGACGAUGUUAAGAAGAGCAAGAAGAUCUGGAAGCAGGCUAAUAAGCGGAACACUCCGUUCAGUCAGAAUACUACCCUCACUGGGAUUUAUUGGAUCCUCCUCCUUCUCUCCCAGCUAAGCUACGUCUACCACCUCUUCUCAAAGAACAAUGUGCUGGUCACAGCUGCUGCCAACGUCGCCACCCACUUCAUCCUGAACAACCUCUUCCUCUUCGUCUGGAUCCUCCUCUGGACCCGCAAUUACUUCUGGGGCGCUGAGGUCGUCCUCAUUUUCCACUUCCUCAACCAGUGGAUUACUUACUGGCGCCACCGCGGUCUGCCAGCAUUCGUCCACCUCCCAGCUGUUGCAGGUCCCUAUGCCUGGACAUUGACAGCGUUGUUCUGGAACGGUGCUGUCGCCGUGCACAGCCACAAUCUCCCUGGAAGAAUUGUCGCCAAUAUUUUCAUCUGGGUUAUUCUGGUUGUGGGAUUGUUCGAUAUUGUCCUGCGUGAGGAUUAUAUUCUUGGAUAUUGUCUUAGUAUCUUGACACUGUCCCUGGCUCUGCGACAAGUCUCUAUCAAGAUCAUCGCUUUGCAGUGGAUCUUCGCCUUUGUGGUCUUUGCCGUGUUCUUGGUUGUUUCUAUCUACAUUUCUGCAACCAAGUACACUGGUCGCGACAGUCUCUUCCGUCGUGUCGCACACCCUGAGUCGACUGAUCGCGAGAGAGCGCCUCUGCUCAAUGAGCAAGUUUGA